AGGCUGCUUCCUGUCUCCACCCGUGAGCAGCCAUGAUGCAGGAAGGGCUGGACGACGGACCCGACUUCCUCUCCGAAGAGGACCGGGGACCGCGGGCGGUCAACGUAGAUCUGCAGACGGACGCAACGCUGCAGGUCGACAUCUCCGACGCUCUCAGUGAGAGAGAUAAGGUCAAGUUCACCGUCCACACCAAGAGCACGCUGCCAAACUUCAAGCAGAACGAGUUCUCGGUGGUUCGACAGCACGAAGAAUUCAUCUGGCUGCACGACUCGUUCGUGGAGAACGAAGAAUACGCCGGAUACAUCAUCCCCCCCGCCCCCCCCAGACCAGACUUUGAUGCAUCCAGAGAGAAACUGCAGAAGCUCGGAGAAGGAGAAGGAUCCAUGACCAAGGAGGAGUUCACUAAGAUGAAGCAGGAGCUGGAGGCAGAAUACCUCGCCAUCUUUAAGAAGACCGUCGCCAUGCACGAGGUUUUCCUCUGCCGUGUGGCGGCUCAUCCCGUCCUCAGGAAAGACCUCAACUUCCACGUCUUCCUCGAGUACAACCAGGACCUGAGCGUACGAGGGAAGAACAAGAAGGAGAAGCUGGAGGAUUUCUUUAAGAACGUGGUGAAGUCAGCGGACGGCGUCCUGGUGGCCGGAGUGAAGGACGUCGACGAUUUCUUCGAGCACGAGAAAACGUUCCUGUUAGAAUAUCACAACAGAGUGAAAGACGCUUCGGCCAAAUCUGACAGAAUGAUCCGCUCGCACAAAAACGCAGCAGACGACAUCAACAGAAUCGCCUCGUCUCUCUACACGUUAGGAACGCAGGACUCCACAGACCUCUGCAAGUUCUUCCUGAAGGUGUCGGAGCUGUUUGAGAAGACGAGGAAAAUCGAAGCUCGAGUCGCAGCAGACGAAGACCUGAAGCUCGCCGACCUGCUGAAGUAUUACCUGAGAGAGUCGCAGGCUGCAAAGGACCUGCUAUACCGGAGGAGCCGGUCUCUGGUGGACUACGAGAACGCUAACAAGGCUCUGGAUAAAGCUCGGGCCAAAAACAGAGACGUGCUGCAGGCCGAGACCAGCCAGCAGCUCUGCUGCCACAAGUUCGAGAAGAUCUCCGAGUCCGCCAAGCAAGAGCUCGUCGACUUCAAGACGAGACGAGUGGCGGCGUUCAGGAAGAACCUGGUGGAGCUAGCGGAGCUGGAGCUGAAACACGCCAAGGGGAACCUCCAGCUGCUGCAGAGCUGUCUGGGCGUGCUCAAAGGAAACACUUAACUGUGGAGCCCCGCCCACCUCCAACUGGACACGCCCACCCCCGAUGGACACGCCCACCUCUCGCUGGACACGCCCACCGCCGGCGGCGCCAGGACCGAUGGACGAACGACACCGAGACCUGUGGACCAGCAGAGAGAACGAAGGGUUAAAAACAGGAAGUCGCUAACCCGACACCCCCCCCCUCUUCUUCCUCUCCACCCUCCUCUUCCUCUUCACCCUCUUCUUCCUCGCCCCCAUCCCACUCAUUUACUGGUUCUACUGGUUCUACUGGUCCAGCAGAGGACCUUCAUUUGAAGCUAUUUUUCUUUUAAACUGACAGUCACACAGUUCCAGUUAGUCCAGUUAUUUACCUCCACUGGUUCCAGUUGGUCUCUGCUGGUCCCAGCUGGUCCCAGUUGGUCUCUGCUGGUCCCAGUUGGUCCCAGUUGGUCUCUGCUGGUCCCAGUUGGUCCCAGUUGGUCUCUGCUGGUCCCAGUUGGUCCCAGUUGGUCUCUGCUGGUCCCAGUUGGUCUCUGCUGGUCCCAGUUGGUCCCAGUUGGUCUCUGCUGGUCCCAGUUGGUCCCAGUUGGUCUCAGUUGGUCCCAGUUGGUCUCUGCUGGUUUCCACACUGUAAAAAACAAAACAAAAGCUCCAUGAGUCAGGAGUUUUAUUUUGGAAAAUCAGCUUGUUUCAAGAAUAAGUGUCAUGUUAAGUUUUAUUUUGUAGUGCAGCUUUCAGCAGGAACUUCCUCCUCAGCAGGUUGAGUUCCUGUCAAAAUAAAAGUAAAAUGUUUAAAUCUUUUUAAUGAAGAGAAUUAUUGAAAUGAGUAAAAAAAAAAACCCUUUCUGACACUUGGAGAUGUUUUUUUUUUUUUUUUACAGUCAGCUGACACUCGUCCGUCCGUCCCUCCUCUUCCUCCUCCUCUUCCUCCUCCUCCUCCUCCUCUUCCUCCUCCUCCUCUUCCUCUUCCUCUUCCUCCUCCUCCUCUUCCCCCUCCUCUUCCUCUUCCUCCUCUUCCUCCUCCUCCUCCUCUUCCUCCUCUUCUUCUCCUGCUUCCUGUCGUCAAUUCAUGCAUCCGGGGUCGUUUUAUUGUGUCGGUGAACUUCCUGUUCCUGUCUCUUCAGUCCGGCUCUCAGUUAUCGUUCUUAUUACAAAAAAAAAAAAAAAGUUAAAAAAAAAGAAGUAAUGUCACUAAAUGAUAAUAAUAAAAAAAGCCUUGUACAUGUUUGUAAUAGUUAACUAAUGAACGCUAAUCAUCUUCAUCAUCAUCUUCAUCAUCACUAACGUAGCUUCUUUUAUUUUCUUAGUGUUUUGGGUUUCCUGUCGUUCCAGACGGAGCUUCAGUCUGUUUGCCUUAAACGUCGAUCGAUCCUCGUUGAUUCAUUGUAAAGAAAAAAAAGUUUAAAUAAUGAAUGAAAACUGUUUUUUUUUUCUUUUUGUGUUUUUUUUUGUUUGUUUUUAAAGUGAAACCUGUAUACGAAUGUUUUUUCACUCUUAUGUGACCAAAGCUUCAACGAUUCAACGAUGGACACAAUAAAAACCAGUAGAGUUAAAAUAAAGAAAUAAAGAAAUAAUUAAACACACAGAUGAUUAUUAAUCUCACAACAUCUUUUUAGUUGUUUUGAACUCAGCAGGUCUGUAAUAAUAAUAAUAAUAAAUAUUAAUAUUAAUAAUAAUAAUAAUCCACCCUGGUCAAAAUGAGACUGAAUAAAACUUUACGGACACUUUUCU